AUGGAACCCCUUUUACGUGAAAACGAGAUAGUAGCGAACACGCAGGCUGCGCUCGCUAGCCACUCUGUUGAGAGCGUUGACAAGAUUAUAAAUGCGUUAAAGGAAUCAAUAGACCAUAUUUCAGCAUCACCCGAAAACACUUCUGAAACACUUUCUUUGCUUUCCAGACACAUCAAAGAAAUCUCGACACAGACAAUCGAGGAACACAAAGAGUAUCAGGCAGUUUUGGCUAAAUAUGGAAAAGUUAUUGAUAAGAAAUGGAGACAUGAUGUCACACUGGCAAGCAAUCCCGAUGCAUUUGAGGGAAAAGAUAAGAUCCUACAAAAAACUAUCGCGUUACAUUUUAUAUGUCAAGGAAAAUUUGAUCUGGGAAGAACUUUUAUGCGGGAGGCAGGGCUUGAAAUAUCAUCAGAACUACAAGCACAGUUUGUGAAAAUGUAUGAAAUCCUCAAGGCGAUCAGAGAAUAUAAUCUUGAACCCGCACUAAUAUGGGCACGAGCAGAACGAGAAAGACUUGAAAAACGCGGCAGUUCCUUAGAAUUCCAACUACAUCGUCUCCACUUCAUCCAACAUCUAAGAGAUCAAUAUCUUGACGAGUCAUUACGAUACGCACAAUUGAAUUUUCAAUAUUUCAACACACAACAUUUUCGAGAAAUUCGACGACUAAUGGGAUCAUUAGCAUAUAUUAAUCGCCUCGAAUCCUCUCCUUAUGCUGAUCUUCUGUCUACUGAAGGCUGGACGAAUAUACAGAAUACCUUUGCAACAGAUUUUUGUAGUUUGUUGGGAUUUUCAAGAGAAAGUCCGCUGUUUAUAAGUGUGACAGUAGGUGCAACAGCAUUACCAUGGCUCAUCAAAAUGUCAACCAUCAUGAAAGAGAAGAAAAACGAAUGGAGUCAGCAAAACGAGUUACCGGUUGAAGUUCCAUUGACAGAUGAUAUGCGAUAUCACUCGAUAUUCGCGUGCCCGGUGUCAAAGGAACAAGCAACAGAAGAAAACCCGCCGAUGAUGAUGCCGUGUGGACACGUGAUUUGUAAAGAGAGUCUAAAUAAAUUGAGUAAAGGACAAAGUAGUCGGUUUAAGUGCCCGUACUGCCCGAAUGAAUCAAUACCGACUCAAGCAAUGCGUACGGAACUAAAAGAGGUGAAAAUCUUUGACAAUUACAAAUCAAAUUGUCUAAGAAUUUUCUGGUUCUGUAUCAGUGUUUCUUGUGUGGAAGCCUAUAAAAUGCAAAAUAUUCAGCAUGGAUAUAAUGGCUGCACUGUUUGCCUUCUAGACGGAUAG